AUGAUUAAGGUUGACUCAAUCAAACCAAUAAUAAAAAAUAAAUCCAAAAAAAUCUCGCUUUUAAAUGCUAAUGCAAAAGCAUCAGAGAUGGUUAUUAUUGCUAAUUUCAAAACUUAAUCAUAGUAAAUAUAAUGUUUAGAAUGUAGAAAUAAAACCUUUAUUGGAAACCUUUUCUUUAACAAAUAAUACUGA